GUCAUCAGCCCUCGCCAGCCUUCCGGGAGACAGGGAUCCAAGCCGCUGAGCUGACCACAAUGGCAGGUGAAGAAAUUAAUGAAGACUAUCCAGUAGAAAUUCAUGAGUAUUUAUCAACAUUUGAAAACUCCAUUGGCGCUGUGGAUGAGAUGCUGAAGACCAUGAUGUCUGUUUCUAGAAAUGAGUUGUUACAGAAGUUGGACCCACUUGAACAAGCAAAAGUGGAUUUAGUUUCUGCAUACACAUUGAAUUCAAUGUUUUGGGUUUAUUUGGCAACCCAAGGAGUUAAUCCUAAAGAACAUCCUGUAAAACAAGAAUUGGAAAGAAUCAGAGUAUACAUGAACAGAGUCAAGGAAAUAUCAGACAAGAAAAAGUCUGCCAAGCUGGAUAGAGGUGCAGCUUCAAGAUUUGUAAAAAAUGCCCUCUGGGAACCAAAAUCUAAAAAAGUAUCAAAAGUUGCUAAUAAAGGAAAAAGCAAAAAUUAACUUUGGGUUUUUAUUGUAUACAUAUUUUAAAAGUACAUCAUUUUUAUUGUGUUCACAAGAGUAAUGAUUAUGUGGUUUGAAUGUGUUCCUUUUAAAAUUCAUAUGUCUUUAUACUUUAAAUCUAUAAAUUCAAAUGUCUUUACUCUUUAAAUUUAUAAUGUGAACUCAUUUUUCCCUGAGAAAGAUUGUUGUCUUUAUUGAUUUUCCUAUAGAACAUCAUGAAGUUUUAACAUUGUGAGACAUUGUGAGACACUUCCUUAUCUAGGUAAAUUUUGGACUUAAUAUGUUAUCAUUAACUGAAAUUUAACUUAAAUGUUCAUUGUAAACAUUUGUAUUAUUUUAAAUGGCGUGAUCUUAGGGAAUAUGACCUUUGUACGUAGAAAAUAUAAGAAUUUCUGUUCUUAUUAUAUGAUUUGAAGAAAGAAUGAAGUGACCCAAAUGUCCACUUUUUCUUGAGUAGUUAACUCAUUAUGCCUUUAUAAUUUUAGGAAUUUCUUUCUUUAUAUUCAGAGUAUGUAGUUAAAACUUAAAGGUUGUUUUUAAUUCUUGGCACAUUACCUUGAAGUCCCAUUUAAAAUAAAAUAUAUUCUCAUUAACU